AUGUCUGACGCUGAACCAUUGACAUCUAAUGUUCGUCCUGCAACAGAUGCUUUAAUCACAGUCCGAAUUAUAAAAUCGUUUCCAUACCGCAAUGUGAAAAAUUUGAUAAUAAAAGAUAUCGAUUUAAAAUCCACCACCCCUAAGGGAUUGUUCGAUCAAGUGCUUAAAGAAAUAGGUACAACUGGGAGCUUGAGACCAUAUAGGAAUGUACAAUAUGAUUCACUAAAGAUUUACACCAAGGCACAUGGAUCCAAGUCUAUGAACUUGGUUAUAAAUUUUGAAAAUGAUGAAGAUUGGGUAAUCAUGAAGAAGAAUACACCUGUCAGCGAGAAAACACUAUGGGAUAGGGGUGUUCAAAAUGAAACUGAAAUAAGUAUCUUCAAUUGGGAUGAUUAUAUCGAGUACAAGAAGAAUCCAGAGGAAAAGUGGUAA